CCUCUCCUAGAGUUUACUUUUUUUGCAGGGGAAGUGGAGAGUCAGCAUGGCUGGGCGAGUAUUAGCCAAAUUUGUCGUCUCUUCUUUUACUGCUGAUUUGUUCUUCCUGUUGCUCUCUGCUAUGCAGUGUUCAGGGCUGAUUUGUGGACAAUUUGAAUAUCCCUUAUAUAAAAGAUGCUGCAAAGAGUGUGCUCCUGGUGAGGGAAUGAGAAACCGCUGCUCGCCAUCAUCAGAAACCGAGUGCGUCCCCUGCCAAGAUGGAUACUAUAACUCAAAGCAUAACUACUAUUCGUGCAAAAGGUGCACCAUCUGUGACACAGAUAGGGGAAGCAUUGAGGUGAAGAAGUGCGAUAAGAUCUCAGAUACAGUUUGCGUGUGCAUGAAGGGUUACACUCCAUACGACAGCGGAUCGUCAGAGGAAUCUCCAUCAGAAAAUGAAUGCUUCCCUUGUCCUGAUGGGCAUUUUUCCAAUGGAAACAAUGACAGAUGUUGGCCCUGGACCAACUGCACCGCUUAUGGUAAAAAAACUCUGAGAGCUGGGACAAAAAUAGAAGAUGCCAUCUGUGAUGACCAGGACAAACAGGCCACCACACUCCAAACAUCCACCUUAUACCUCUCUAUCAUCAGCCGCAGAAGCAAUGGAUCUACUACAGCACCCACCCCCUUCACGUCCAAAGACACCCUUUUCACCAUUCCCGUUAUAAAGGAGACUAACUGGGGGUCUUUAUCGCUCAUUUUGAUUUGCUUAACGUUGCUCAUGGUAUCUGGAAUGUCCAUCGUCCUCUUGAUUAUCCAGACGACCAAAAAGGAGAAGCCAAAGAGGCCUCCUGUGAAUGGACAACUUGAUGGAAGGAGCUUUCGAAUUCCUAUCCAGGAAGAGCAAAUCGACUCCAAUUCCAGCCUCAUCAAAAACUGAUUCCCUUUUAAACUACAGUGUACUGUCAUCUGAGCCAGUGGCGGCUCCGGGCACCAGCACUCCAAGCGUGUGCCUGGGGCGGCAAGCCGCGGAGGGCGCCCUGCCGGUUCCUGCAAGGGCGGCAAUCAGGCUGCCUUUGGCGGCAUGCCUGCAGGAGGUCCGUGGAUUCGGCGGCAAUUCGGCGGUGGGUACGCCGAAGCCGCGGGACCGGGGACCUCCCGCAGGCAAGCCGCCGAAGGCAGCCUGCCUGCCGUGCUUGGCGCGGCAAAAAAGCUAGAGCCGCCCCUGAACUGAGCCAAACAGUAGGAACCUAGCAAUGCAAUAACUACUCCUGGCGGCGGCUCCAGGCACCAGCGCCCCAAGCGCGUGCCUGGGGCAGCAAGCCACAGAGCGGUGGCCUGGCGGUCGCUGUGAGCGUGGCAGUCAGGCUGCCUUCAGCAGCUUGCCUGCAGGAGGUCCGCGGUGUUCGUUCCAGGGCUGGCUGCGCCCCCGGUCUCCUUUCUGGUCUCUCUAAGUGCUCCCCCUCAGGUCUUAGGCCUCAUGCCUGUUCCUCUCUUGGGGUGGAAUCAUGUGAUUCUCCCACUCUUAGACUGAGACGUGGGCUAUAGAACCAUGGGUAUCAACUGAGCUUACCGAGCAGGUCCAACUGAGUUUGGGCACCUACCAUUCUUCCCCUUGGGAGUUUGUGACCAGCGGUAUAUGGUGAGCAGACCUUUUUGAACCCAAAAUAUUGUAUUUAGCAAUAGUAGAAUGCAUUAGAGAGAGGAUUUCAAAACAAAUCUAGCCCUACCAUCCUUUGGCGACCUAGGGAGGCCUAGCUUCUCCAGACCCCCAAGUGGCUCCUCUUUCCGAGUCUCAUUCCAGUCUGGUUUCCCUUUUGGCUCUCCCUCCCCCUGAGAGAGUGACCCCCUUUAAACCUUGCUAGGAUCCUUUGUUGUCUUGUAUUUUGUGGGCCUUGACUUUUCCUGGUCAAAACAGUUUUGUAGGUUGUCUGGAGCCAUGGAAACAGAAUCGUGGAAGGUAAUAACUCCAGUACUGCCUCUUAACAGUUUUUAAGCGUUUGUUGAGAGGUGGUAAUCUGGAGACAUUCUGCUUCUUUCUGCCUGUCAGAUUCCUGUUAAGCUAAACCAGUGUAUUCAUACCAUCCCAAUAACUCUUAUUAAAGGGUAGUCCAAAUCCGUGUGUCUGUGUAUAAGGGCAGAGUCUUUAUAUUCACAGCCUUGAGAGAAAGCAAAUUCAGAUACGUAGGGAGAAGAUUAAGAGACGGCCACUCAAAGCGAACAAGCAUGCAACUUGUCCCGAUUUCAGACUUUAGCACUCAGCAUUUGCACUGCUACUUCACCUGCAAACCCAACACACCCCCACUCUUGUGCUUCCUGUUUGCGUUCAUGUGCAUCACAAUGAACAUCCUGUUAAGAGGGGUGUUUGCAGAGGGGAAAAAGAAGGUGAAGGGUGGGAACAGGCUGCAUGAAAAGCAAAUGCCGAAAGGAGCGGAGGAAAAGAGAACUUCCAAUGAAAGCAUAAAUAGUAUUUAUUGGGCCAGAUCCUCACCCACUGACUUCAGUGGAACUACGUGUGUGCCACUGGGGAUCUGGCCUACUGUCUCCAUCUACGUUGUGUGUUUGGCCCCUAUGUGGACGAGCGUAGCUUUCAAGGAUUCUUCUGGCCCUGACAUCACAAUUAAACUGAAUCACCCCGUGGAACGAAAUUCCAAUCAAACUCCAGCUAACUAUGCAAAGCCCCAAAUAGUUGGAGGUUCACAACCUGUCAGGCUCCCCUGCCGCUGGUUCUUGCCCCUUUCCGCUGUUGCUUUUGAACCCCUUUCUGUGCCCACAGGAUUAUCCUUGUUCGCUAAGUAACCUCAGCAAACCCCUCUCUGAAUGCAGCUGUUGUCUUGUUCGCUUGGCAGAACACGACAAUGUAAACAAUUCAAAAAACACGAGGCCCCCUAGGUACAAUAUUUCUUCUUCUUGAAAUGAGGCGUUGGCUGGGAGCAGCCAAUAGAUUGAUGUUCCAGUAGUGACACUUUCUGCAGCUAGCAUUAUAGUACAGCUCUGCAGAAUCCUGCCGGUAAUGGAUAGACAAUCCAGACCCGGGCUGCCGUUCUGUAUUUGAACACUCUGGGGCAGUUCACACUCAAGAACUGAACAAGCACUGGACCUGCUCCUGCUCCCGGUUGAAAUAAAUAGGAGUCUGGCAAUUAAAUUCAGUUGGAGCAGGAAUAUGCUCUAUGAACAAAUGCUACCCUGUAUCUGUAAUGGAGGUGCUGCAUGUCUUCAUGUUGGCUCAUAGAUUUUUCCAGGGGGUGAAUGAGUUUUAAAGUUAAUGGGAAGUGCCCUGUUAAAGACAAGCUGUGAAACGGGUCUUGGGCAAAUCACUGAAUCCCUCUGUUCCUCAGUCUGCCCGUCUGUAAAAACCGGAGUGAUGAUAUUUACCUCCUUCCUGGCCGUGUGGGUGAGGUUUAACGUGAAGUACUCUUUCAGGGCUCUUUGAAAACCGAGGGGUGGCAAGUUGGAUUGGCAUCCAACAGCGACAAAAGCAAAAGAUUAGCCUUUGCACUGUACAAAUGAAUAAGUUAAUUAUCCCCGACAUAUUUUGGUUUGUCUAAUAUAAAUGGGUAUAGUUUAUUACAUACCCUAUGGUCCUAGCUCUGCAAACAUAUACAAACUAGCCUCCAGAGAGACUACUUCUGGGCUUAAAGCUAAUCAUGUGCAUCACUGUUUGCAGGAUCAGGACCUUACUGUGUGUGUACUUACUUAUGUGUAUAUAUUAUAAUAUAUUUUACAUGUAUAUUCACAAUCAUGCAAAGUGUGAUGAUUAUUUUAUAUAUAUGAUAUAGAUCACAAUAUUUAACAUGCCUGUAAGAGUAUGUCCACACUGCAAUUAGACACUUGCAGCUGACCCGUGCCAGCUGACACAGGCUAAGUGGCUGUUUAAUUGCGGUGUAGAUGCUCAGGCUGCAGCCUGGGUUCUGAGACCUUCCCACUGCCCAGGGUCCUAGAGCCCAGGCUCCAGCCAGAGCCUGAAUGUCUACGCUACAGUUAAACAGCCCCUUAGCCCAAGCCCCAGUCAGCUAGCACAGGCCAGCCAUGGAUUUUUAAUUGCAGUGUAGACCUCUCUUGAGUGAGUUUGGCUUACCUAUAAUAUGUUCCAUGAUUUUGCAAUAUAUUUUCCUGUAAAUAGCUUUGGAUGUAAUUUCAUGUGCCUUAAUGUAUAAAAUAGAGGAAGGGAAAAACAAUCCAAGUGCUAUAGCGGAGCUGAGAAGUCUUUUUCAUUUUAAAUGCCUCUUCAAUAUGUAGUGAAAUAUUUAUUUUGUAUACAAAAUAGCCACCACAUGUGCCAAAAUAUGGCACGUCUUCCAGAACACAACAGCUGCCUGAAAACAUGUUUUUUAAAAAUACACCUCUACCCCAAUAUAACGCUGUCCUUGGGAGCCAAAAAAUCUUACCGCAUUAUAGGUGAAACCACGUUAUAUCGAACUUGCUUUGAUGCAAUGGAGUGCGCAGGCCCGCUCCCCCCCUCCCCCCCCCCCGAGCGCUGCUUUACCACGUUAUAUCGGGUCGUGUUAUAUCGGAGUAGAGGUGUAUGUAUUGUUAUAUGUUAUACAUAUAGUGUAAUUAAUUAUUUCCUAAAGUGAAAUACAGAAAAUUGUAUACAAA